AGAACGCAUGAGCGCAUCUCUGCACACAGCCCUGGGCGUGGCCCGUUUCUCUUUCAGCUCAGUGAAUGAUGGAAGCUCAUGGAAGGCAGCAGACAAAGCCACCCCAGGGACGGGGCAGUUCCAGAGGGGCCCGUGACCAGGCCACAGGGAGGCUGGGACUGGGAACCAAAAGCCACUGGGCUCUGAAGCCGCUGGACACCUCAGAGGCAGGACAGUGCCAAGCAAGCCGUGAGUGGCAGUGGUCUUUCCACCAGUGCCGGCUCCAGCAUGCCCUUCCAGAGGCGCAGGGUGUCCUUCAGGGGCACACGGGCGUCAUCCUCCCUGGAGAGCCCCCCAGCCUCCAGGACCAAUGCCGCCGGUGGCCUUGUCCGGGCACCUGGGGUCUAUGUGGGGACGGCACCCAGCAUAGGCGGCCUGGGUGCCCGGGUGACCCGCCGGGCCCUGGGCAUUAGCAGCGUCUUCCUGCAGGGCCUGCGGAGCUCAGGCCUGGCCACGGUGCCUGCUUCGGGUCUGGAGAGAAGCCACACUUCUGUGGAGGACCUGGGAGGCUGCCUGGUGGAAUAUAUGGCCAAGAUACAUGCCCUCGAGCAAGUCAGCCAGGAGCUGGAGACACAACUGCGGGCGCACCUGGAGAGCAGGGCCCAGCGCUCGGGGGGCUGGGGCGCCCUCCAGGCCUCCUGGGCCAGCAGCUGCCAGCAGGUGGGUGAGGCCGUCCUGGAGAAUGCCCGGCUCAUGCUGCAGACAGAGACCAUCCAGGCCGGCGCCGAUGACUUCAAAGAGAGAUAUGAAAAUGAGCAGCCGUUUCGCAAGGCAGCAGAAGAGGAAAUCAACUCUCUCUACAAAGUCAUUGAUGAAGCUAAUUCGACAAAAGUGGAUCUGGAGAAUCAAAUCGAGAGUUUGAGGGAAGAACUCGGCUUUCUGUCCAGGAACUAUGAAGAGGACGUGAAGGUGCUGUACACACAGUUGGCCGGCUCUGAGCUUGAGCAGAUCGAUGCUCCUAUUGGUCCUGGCUUGGAUGGCAUCCUGGAGGCCAUCAGAACUCAGUGGGAGAGAGACGUCGAAAAGAACCGGGUGGAAGCAGGAGCCUUGCUCCAAGCUAAGCAACAGGCUGAGGUGGCCUGCGUGGCCCCAACCCAGGAGGCGAAGAUGGCUGCUGCCCUCAGGGUGGAGCUGCACAACACGUCGUGCCAAGUCCAGAGCCUCCAGGCUGAGACGGAAUCCUUACGGGCCCUGAAACGGGGCCUGGAGAACACCCUGCACGACGCCAAGCACUGGCACGACAUGGAGCUGCAGAACCUGGGCGCCGUGGUGGGCAGGCUGGAGGCAGAGCUGGGCGAGAUCCGCGCCGAGGCCGAGCAGCAGCAGCGGGAGCGCGCGCAGCUGCUGGCGCUCAAGAGCCAGCUGCAGAAAGACGUGGCGUCCUACCACGCCCUGCUGGACAGGGAGGAGAGUGGUUAGUGGAGGAAUGUCCUAUUUCCAUGAAGAAAACGCGACUUCCUUGCUGCCAGCGGCCAAUGAAGUUGCUUGAGAAACUUCCUGCUGCACUUCAGUCCCUGAUGAUUUCCCAGUUGACUCAACUCGAGCAGAAAGCUUCCUGGAAGUGGAGAGUGUCCUUUUUCUUCAAUUUGAGUAGUCUGUAGCUCGAGCAACCUCCCUUGUACCUCUCCAAAUAAAUGCUUUGUGUGUGGCUUCCA